GUGAAAUGUCAAUACUUGGACGCGCCCAUCGAGCGACAGGGUAACAGGGAUCCAGAGGACAAGACUACAAUAAUUACAGCAUGGACAGAGGCAUUCAGUCAGUCAUUCUUCUUGUGUUCCAUAAGUGGGUGGAACAGGAAGAAAUUCGAAUAACUGGUACAGUGGGAUGCCUCCUCUGCCGUGCAGUUCACCAUGUGGCAGGAAGCACACUCUUAAUCUGAGACUUCCGUAACGCCCAAUUGUGCGCCUCUGUCGGCACGGGACGAAUGGCAGAGGGCAGACGCAAGUGGGGCGAGCCGUCGACGAAGGUCCGUCGCAACAGUGAGAUGGCUGAGAAAAAUGAUUCGGCUGAUGAAGGAGGGGCGCAUUUUCACCACCUCCCAGAUGAAGUUAUAAUCAAUAUAUUUUCCUCCUUGAGCUUCAGCGACCUCGUAGACAUCGUGCAGAAUGUUUGUGUGCGCUGGAGGAGGCUGGCGCAAGACCCGAUGCUCUGGCUCGACAAAGAGUAUGUCGUCACAGCGAGCCCAGUGAAAGAGUGGAGUUGCUCUGGAGUCGUCUGCACAGAGUGCGUCAACUGCAAAUUUGAAGGGAAGGACGAAGAGAUUCUGCGGGCAGCGCCAACCAUGCCGCAGCUGCGAACAUUGACACUGAUGCGCGGCGUUAAACCCUAUAUCCUGCAAAAGGUUUGCGCAAGUUGUCCUAACCUCACGAGCCUACAGAUUGAUAGCCGACAGGAGAUGACUUACUCACUUAUGAAGUACGUAUUCGAGAAGUGUCCGAAGAUACAGAAGCUGACACUGGGGAGCAGUCUCCUGUCGGAUGGACAGUACGUGCAACUGCUGUCCAACCUGCAACAUCUGAGCAGUGUGACCAGCCUGGGGCUGCGCCCGGACCUCCACAGCCUGGGAAUGCGCACGACCUUUGGCCCUAUGGGAUUCGUAAAGCUGCGCGUCCUGGCCAAUUCCUGUCCCCAGCUGCAGGAGAUACACAUUGACUCGAGCUGUUACACCGUGUUUGACUUAGAAUACUUCCUGAAGGUGAAGAGGCACAUUCUCACUUCUGCCACACUGCCCUGGAUGAUGGAGGAAGUUCAGGAAACGAGGUGCACUGUGCAGCUGCUGAGAAAGUAUAACACUUCACUUAAAAAACUGCGGCUGGUCAAUUUUAAUGUGACAAACGAGUUGGAUGCCGAGCGUCACGAAACCGCGGCGUUUCGAGCCCUCGGAGAGCUACACACUCUGGAGGAGCUGUGCAUUGAGCGCCUCUUCCCACGUGUACCACUUACAGUAUCUUAUGCAUUUCAGCCCGGAUGUCUGACACAGCUCCGACGGCUGCAGCUGCCGUUUGCCAGUGACCUCGAGGACGACACAGUGCUUGCCAUAUCGGAGGGCUGUCCUAAUCUGCGUGAACUGAGGUUGAGGUUUUCACUGAGAAUUACUGACAGAGCACUGGCCAUGAUCAACCGUCUGGAACAUUUGGAAAUAUUGGAGCUUUCUGGGUGCCAAAGGUUGGGUGGAGCUUGCAUGGCUUUUAUAUCACAGCUACCAGCUCUGCACACAUUGGUCCUCCGGGCACUCGACGACUUGUCUGUGCUGCAACCGAGCCUUCGCAGGAUCUUGGACAUGAAGGAACUGCGGUGCCUGGAUAUUGUGCACAGCUCCAACAUCGGAGCUGUGCCGUUCCGUGAAUUUCCUGGCAGACUAAAGAAGCUCAGGGAGCUACAUGUGGCAUAUGAGGGAGGAAAUGCUUUCUCUGAGCUGCUACGUAGCAUGCCUCGGCUCAAACUCAUUACUACUUUUCGACUGACACACGAGUAUUCAACAGACAAUGGAAGAAGUUUUGUUCGCAACUUUGUUGCUUAGCUGAUCUAUAAUUAUGUCUUUGAUGUCUCUUGGUAUUUAUUCUCUGAAUGUCCAUCUGCUGUUAAUGGAUUUGAUGCACCUUAAGUUAAAUAAAGUACAUAACACUAUAGUAACUUGA